UUCGUUAACAUAGGCCCAAAACAGGCCCAAAAUAUGAGCAGGACUUUAAAGCCCACAAUUUCCCUUUCGAUAAACCCGCUUUGAUCCAUUUAAAAACUCUCAUACAUCGGUUACCCUCCAAAUCGCCGGUGAGUUUUUGCCGCCGUUCCGUGGAAAUGGAUAAGGAGAAAUUAGAGGAAUUGAAGAUACAAAUGCAACAAUUGUUAAAUGAAGCCGAAGAGUUCAUCAAUAAUGUGCCUCCUAUUCAACUUUAUACUGCAAUUGGAGUUGUAUUAGUCACUCUCUUUUUGCUGUUGAUCAUUCGCCUGUUCAAGCGUACAGCAUCUAACACCAUUGUACUUACUGGGCUUAGUGGAAGCGGUAAAACAUAUCUUUUUUACCAGCUUAGAGAUGGUUCAGCCCAUCAGGGUACCGUGACGUCAAUGGAACCAAAUGAGGGCAGUUUUAUACUACACUCCGAGAAGGAGAAGAAAGGGAAAUUGAAGCCUGUUCACGUUGUUGAUGUCCCAGGGCACUCUCGUCUUCGUCCGAAACUAGAUGAGUUCCUGCCUCAAGCAGCUGGUGUUGUGUUUGUGGUGGAUUCCGUGGAAUUUUUACCAAACUGCCGUCCUGCUUCAGAGUACUUGUAUGAGAUCUUGACAAAGGCAAGUGUCGUCAAGAAAAAAGUUUCAGUACUCCUCCUUUGCAACAAGGUUGACAAAGUAACUGCACAUACAGCAGAAUUCAUCAGAAAACAGCUGGAGAAAGAAAUCGACAAGCUUCGUACAUCAAGAACUGCAGUAUCUGAUGCAGAUAUCUCAAAUGAAUAUACACUUGGUGUACCUGGAGAACCAUUUGCUUUUUCUCAAUGCCAUAACAGAGUAAUCGUUGCUGAAGCUUCUGGUUUGACCGGUGAAAUUUCUCAGCUGGAGAAAUUCAUUAGGGAGAAUGUGAAACCUUGAUUUCGAUAUUUCAAGUAAAGGGGUACCCGGUUUUACUUCUUUUCUGCAUUUUUUUUUUCGGUCCGGAAAACUCAUUAUACUAUCAGAAAUAUGGAGAAAAAACGUUAUCUUGAAGAACAUAUUCAAUGUAGGAUAGAACUUGAAGAGUUCUCUUUAUGUUUCAUUGUCAAUCCCCACCUAAACAUUAUGUUUGUUGUGCAAAGAAUAUGUCAUUGGAUUUGAUUA